CUGAAUUUUUUCUUAGAAAGUUUACGAUAUAAAACCUUAUCUUCUCAUUUCCUUUCCAUUGAAGCAAUCAGAUAUAAAACAGCUUUAGAUGGACGAACUGAUUUUAUUCAUGCACCGAGCCCAUCCGAUAUAUUUUGUACUGUUCCUGGACGUCUAUCAUUACUCAGUUCAACUUCAAAAUAUAAAGUAACUGUUGCGGAAGUUCAAAGACGUCUGUCACCACCAGAAUGUUUGAAUGCUUCAUUACUUGGUGGUGUUUUACGCCGAGCAAAAUCUAAAAAUGGAGGAAGAUCAUUACGUGAUAAGUUGGACAAAAUUGGGUUAAAUUUACCAGCUGGACGACGAAAAGCGGCAACAGUUACUCUGUUAACUUCACUUGUUGAAGGUGAGGCUAUUAGAAUGGCUCGUGAUUUUAGUUAUUUAUGUGAAAAUGAGUUUCCACAUAGAAUAUGCGCUGAAUAUCUUUCACGUACUUUGAAUGGAUGUGAUUACAGUGAUGUGCAAAAGAAACGAAAUCAAGUAAUCUCAACAAAACAAAUGUUGGGUGAAAUCACUGAUUUAUUAACAAAAGACAGAAGUCCACUUGCAGUGAAUCCACUUCCACCAAAUCGAACAACAAAUUGUCUUGAUGUUACUACACAAAAAUCAUUAACUCAUUUCAGUCAUAUAACACAUGGAUUUGGUGGUUUAACAUUAAUUAGUGCUUUAAAUACAUUUCAAACAAUUCUAUCAGAUUUACUUAAAAUUUUAAAUAAAGACAGUCAAUCAAUUACUCAUUCUACAAAUAGUUCAACUAUAUAUACAGAUAGACAUACACCUGUAACUUCAAGUAUUUGUCAUCAUCAUCAACUACAACAAUUUUCAAAUAAUACUAUAUCUAAUACUUUAAAUGAAGCUCAAACAUUAUCUUCAUUAUCUUUGACAAUUAAUACAGAUCCAUUAAACAAUAAUAAUAAUAAUAUACAACGUAGAAAAUAUAUUAUGCAACAUAUGAAUGAAAAUAAUUCAUCAGAUCUAAGAAAUAUUAUAUCUAUGCAAAGAAGUAAUUUAGACAAUGAAGUUGAAAAUGGUACUAGUCUAAAUGGAAUUAGAUAA